CGCGCUCUCCUCCUCUUCAUUCUCUCUCUCGCUCUCUUUCUCGUUGUUUCUCUGCGUGUUUUUUCUCCUCGCAUCACCCGCAUCAUGAGUUACCAUAGCGACGUUUACUCCACGAGUUCCUACCGGAAGUUCUUCGGGGACUCCUCAAGAUUAUCUGCUCCCCCGACCCGGUCCUCUGCGGGUUACCGGGUGUAUGAAGGCGGGUACCGGAGCCGGGUGUCCCCCCGUUUGGCCUCCUCGGCCCAGGACGGGGAUCUCUCACACAUGGCUGCUUCGGCCACCGAGCUGAAGAUCGUGCGCACAAACGAGAAGGAGCAGCUGCAAGGCCUCAACGACCGGUUUGCAGCCUUCAUCGAGCGCGUGCGCGAGCUCGAGCAGCAGAACCGCGCGCUCGAGGCCGAGGCGGAGUCGUUGCGCCGCAGUCUGGGCUCCGAGCCCGCGCGUCUGCGCGACCUUUACGAGCGCGAGCUGCGCGAACUGCGCGAACGCGCCGACCAGUUGGAGCGCGACCGCAGCCGCGCGCAGCUCGAGAACGCGCACCUCGCCGAGGCGCUUGCACGCGUCCAGGAAAAGCUACGCGAGGAGAGCCGCCUGCGUGACGAGGCCGAGAGAGAGCUGCAGUGCUGCCGCAAGGAGGCGGAGGACGGAGCGCUGCACCAGCACGAGCUCCAGAAGAAGGUGGAGUCUCUGAUGCACGAGAUCGACUUCGCACGCAAAGUGCACGAUGAAGAAGUGCGCGAGCUGCAAGCGUCACUACAAGCCUCCCAGGUAUGUGUGGAGAUGGAUUUUAGUAAACCGGACCUCACCGUGGCUCUGAAGGACAUCCGGUCGCAGUACGAGAUUUUGUCAUCACGAAACCAGCAGCAGGCGGAGGACUGGUACCGAUCCAAGUUUGCCAGUGUGACUGAGGUGACCGCACGUGACGCCAACGCCAUUAAAGUGACCAGAGAUGAGCUGAGCGCUUGUCGGCACCAGGUUCAGGCACGUACGCUGGAGAUCGAAGCGCUACGCAAUCACAACGACGCACUGGAACGACAGCUGGCCGAGAUGGAGGAUCGCCACAGCUCUGAGAUCGGAGAGCUGCAGGAGACGAUCGCUCAGCUAGAAGACGCUCUGCACAGCACUAAAGGAGAAAUGUCCCGCCACCUGCGCGAGUAUCAGGACCUGCUGAACGUCAAGAUGGCACUGGACAUCGAGAUCGCGGCCUACAGGAAACUGCUGGAAGGAGAAGAGUGCCGUCUGGGCAAUGUGGGCGUGGCCUCAAUCCAGCCCGCCUACUCUGCUGUUUCCUAUACGGCAGGACGCGCAUACACCCUGGGUGCCUACAGGAGGGGUGUGGCCAAGCCUGAGACUGAGGAAGAAGAGGACAAAAAUGAAGAGAUGGAGAAGGAAGAGGAAGAAGAAGCAGAAGAAGAAACAGCUGAAGGAGAAGAAGAAGGAGGAGAAGAAGAAGAAGAAGUAGAAGGAGGAGGAGAAGCAGCUGAAGAGGAAGUAGGAGAAGAAGAGCAGGAGGAAAAGGAAGAAAAGGAGGAGGAGGGGGGUGAGGAUGAAGAAGAAGGAGGAGAUGAAGGAGAGAAAGGAGAGGAAGAAGAACAGGAUAAAGAGGAGGAGGUGGUGAAGGAAGAGAAGGAAGAGAAGAAGGAGCCAGAAGAUGAGAAGAAGAAGGACAAGGAGAUAGAGAAAGAGAAGAAGAGUGAAGACAAAGGGGGCGAGGUUAAGACCGAGAGUAAACCCGAGAGUAAACCCGAGAGCAAGGAUGAGAAAACUGAAAGCAAUAAAGGAGACAAGAGCAAGUAAAGACACGCCCUCUAUAGCCGUCCCCACACACUCACACAAACACACACAGUCAUACUCCAUCAUCACCAUCAUCCGUUUACAAAGCAGUCUCCAUGGUGACCACACAGAUCUCCUCAGUAGCUGCACUUGCUUCAUGCACUGACCGCUGAAUGUUCAGAGCCUUAACGUAGCGAGAGUUAAUGAUGUACUGUAAUGAUCAGAAACCCAGUUCUGGGUAAGACAUGGACAAAUCCUCCAGCAGAUGUUUCAUCCCCCUCGGGUGGCGUCAGAACGUUUAGCCGCUACGCGUGUUUAGAAACGACUCCGUCACUGUGCUGUAGAUCCACGAGUUGCUAUAGUUACAGCAUGCGCUUGUUUCUCUUCUACCAACACAAAGAAGUUUCAGGUAGAACUUUCACUCUUUCACCAAAUCACAGAGUGACAAAAACUCAACCACUCAGUAUCACAUUGUGACAAAAUAUCGGUGCUAAUCUGAGGUAAAACGUUACACAAACGUCAUGAGGUCAUUUUUAAAUAGCUAGAAAUAACAUUACUAUCAAUGGAGCUGUCCAGAAUUAUGUAACAUCAGUCGAUAAGCGUUUAAUCUUUACAAUUUUCUCACAAACAUAACAGAAGUUAUGUAAACGAUUACGAAGCCCACAAACUUUCCUCAUUUAUAUAACAUUAACUAGCGUCCAUCUUGUUAGGUAAAGUUACAUGAUGAUGAUACAGAUAAAUCCUAAAGUCAUUUAUAACUAGCUAAUACUAAUUUAUCUUCUUUUACUCCAGGGAGUCAGUGUUUUCCCCUUCAAAUAGCGUUAGCUAGCUUACUUUUAACUCGGUCAAAUGACAUUAUUAUGUAAUAUUUACGUAACAGAAAUGCCAGUAAAUAAACUGAGCUGACCAACUAAAUUAUAAUUAAACAGAAAUUGGAUUUAUUUUUUGUCAAAUUGUUUCUUUGAAUGUUUGUAUAAAUCUUUAAACUCAUAGCGGAGAUCGAUGUGACGUUUUCUCGUCCUCUCGCUCGUCUGCUACGUAUCUCAUCGCAACGCUUGAUCUAUAGCUGAAGUGUUUCGAGGACUUCGGGGAAUGUAGAUUCGAGCUCUUGGAUUUUUGCAUCUAAUCAAUUUAAGACUGAAUGAUGUAAAGAUUUUAGAGCGUUUGCUGCUAUUUACUGUCCAACUUCAUAUUUAUCAUGUACAGUAUGUUUAUUUUCCUGUGAAAGACACCGCCUCCUGUUGGCUUCAAGUGAAUCGGCUGUUCGAGAACAAAGUAGAAACUAUUUAAAAUCACAGAUCGUCGCCACGUCCUCACAAAAGCACAUGCACAAGGAUGUUUUCUGGGAAGCUACGUUUAAAAAUAACCCGCUGAAAGUGUUAUAAGACGCGGCGUUUGGUUUUGACAGAAACUCUCUGUACAUGACAGACACACAGAGAGCCUGUCUCCAGGUUACAGCCAGUAGAUGAGGACUAUAUAUACAAACACACACACACAGCUGACUAACACCCUUAACACACCAGCGUUAGCCUCACAGUAAACACUUACAUCCUAGAAGGGGGUGUGGCCUUUAUUACUGGCAAUCUUAUAGAAGGAGGUGUGGCCUCUACACCUGUCAGUGCCUGUAAAGGAAACGUGGCCUCUACACCUGUUAGUGUCAGUAAAGGAGGUGUGGCCUCUACACCUAUCAGUGUCAGUAAAGGAGGCGUGGCCUUUUCCAGUGAAGGAGGUGUGGCCUUUUUCCCAGUAAAGGAGGCGUGGCCUUUGUUUCUGUCAGUCUCA